AUGGCUGGACUUAUCGCCUCGACUGUCUGCUUCGCGCUGCUCGCGGCUCGUGCUGCUGGUCAGGGCUACACGAAUGCUUCUGAGGUGCCAAACUACGGCCUCAGUCCGCCAGUCUAUCCCACUCCUCAAGGCAAAGGUGGCAGCGAUCCCGACUGGCGAGCUGCCUACAGCAGAGCCAGUUCUAUCGUUCAACAGAUGACAUUGGAGGAAAAGGUCAGUGUCACUCGUGGGCAUAUUGGACUUUGUGUUGGCAAUAGUGGUAAAGUCGAUCGUCUUGGACUGCCAGCUCUCUGCUUUGCCGACGCACCCGACGGCAUUCGAGGGCAGGAGUUCGUCUCAGCCUUUCCUGCACAGAUUGUGGUCGGUGCCACAUUCGAUCGUGAGCUGAUGUACCGCUACGGCAAAGCUCUUGGUGAGGAGUACCGUGGCAAAGGCAUCAAUGUAGCAUUACUACCAGUCGCUGGUCCGCUUGGCAGAGUCGCGCGAGGAGGCCGCAAUUGGGAGGGCUUUGGCGCUGACCCGUAUCUAUCGGGCGCUGGUAUGAGAGCUGUGACCACGGGUCUGCAGCAGCAGGGCGUUAUUGCUCAAGCAAAGCAUUGCUUGCUGAACGAGCAAGAGUAUCGACGCAACCCAGAGUCUAUGGGUGAGUCGAUGUCAUCUAACGUGGACGACCGUACCAUUCACGAGCUUUACGCCUUCCCUUUCAUGGACGCACUGCAUGCUGGUGUGGCUAGCUUGAUGUGUUCCUACCAACGCACCAACAACAGCUACGGCUGCCAAAACAGCAAGCUUCUAAAUGGUAUUCUCAAGACCGAACUUGGCGUUCAAGGGUUUGUGACGUCCGAUUGGGCGGCUCAGCAUGCUGGCGUUGCUUCUGCCAACGCCGGCCUCGACCUCGUAAUGCCAGACGGUGGCUACUGGGACAACAACCUCACGCAAGCAGUUCAAAAUGGUUCAGUUGCCGAGUCCAGGCUUGAUGACAUGGUUACUCGUAUUGCAGCGGCAUACUUCCAUCUGGCUCAAGAUCAAGGCUAUCCUGAAGUCGGAGUCUACCCAUACGAUGUCAAACACGAGAUCAUUGACGUCCGCGAUGAGCACGCCUCGCUCAUACGCGAGAUCGCUGCAGCUGGGACUGUGCUUGUCAAGAACGUCAAUAAUGCCUUGCCACUCAAAGCGCCAAGCACGCCACCAUAUGUCAUUAGCCCAUUUUCUGCCAUCCAAGACCGAGUAAUCAAGGACCGAGGUACUGUGCGGUGGGACUUCGACGUUGUCAACCCAACGGUCUACGCCAACGCUGAUGCUUGUCUGGUCUUCAUCAAUGCCUAUGCUUCGGAGUCAUUCGAUCGCACAUCGUUAACAGACACCUUCAGUGAUCAACUGGUGAAGAAUGUGGCAACAAACUGCUCGAAUACGAUUGUCGUCAUCCACUCAGCCGGUAUCCGCGUCGUGGACGAGUGGAUCGAGCAUCCGAACAUCACGGCAGUAGUGUUCGCCUUGCUGCCUGGCCAGGAGAGUGGGAACAGUAUAGUGGACGUCCUGUACGGCGAUAUCUCUCCUUCAGGCCGUCUACCGUUUACAGUCGCCAAGAACGAAAGUGAUUAUGGCAUACUCCUGAAUUCCACUAUCAGUUCCGGACCAUUUCCACAGGACAAUUUCACCGAAGGCUUAUACAUCGACUACCGAUAUUUUGACAAGCAGAAUAUUACUCCUCGAUACGAAUUUGGUUAUGGCUUGUCGUAUUCUCAAUUUGACUACGCGGAUCUGGAGAUCUCCACAGUGACAGGCAACACGACCGAGUAUCCACCAAGCUCGGACGGCACGGUUCCACAAGGAGGACCUGCUGUCCUAUGGGACACAAUCUUCGAAGUGACCGUCAAUAUCACAAACACAGGUGACCACACCGCUGCCGAAGUGCCACAGCUGUAUAUUGGCGUUCCUGAUGCCCCAAUUAGACAACUAAGAGGUUUCGAGCGUGUGCAUCUGGCCACUAACGUAACUUCGACUGUCUCAUUCCCGCUCACAAGGAGAGACUUGAGUAUUUGGGACGUAGUAGCUCAGCAGUGGAGACUGCAGAGAGGGGAGUAUACCGUAGAGGUGGGAGCCAGUAGCAGGGAUAUCAGACUUGACAGCAGUCUUACCAUCUGA